UACAAUGAGAACAUUGCUAAGUCUUCUGCUCACGCUCUGCCUGCUGCAGCUGCUCGCGGUUACGCACAGCGUCGAUGGACUACGAUCUGCGUCAGCGUCAACGCUGGCAGCGCUGCCGCAGCAGCAGAGCUUCAGUGCACGCAUUGUGGGCGGCAAUGAGGCAGCUCUGGGCGAUUGGCCUGGCAUUGUAAGCAUACAAAAUCGAUUUGGCUUUCCCUUCUGCAGUGGCAGCAUCAUCGACGAUCGUUGGGUACUCACAGCAGGCAGCUGUUUGUCCGGACUGCGUGCACCGAAUUUGCUGCUGCUGGCGGGCACUACAGCCAGCUGGAACCUCAGCGCUGUGGGCUACUAUGCGGACAAGAUCUACGUGCAUUGCAACUACGAUAAGCCGCUUUAUCACAAUGACAUAGCACUCAUACACUUGACUACUGACGUGGAGUACAAUGAUUACAUCAAGAAGCUGCCACUGGCUGCGCUGGAUGAACUGCAGCUGCAGGAGCCGCUAAACUUUGCUGGCUGGGGCGCUGUUGAAGAAGAAGGCAGCAUAUCGGUACCAUUAAUGCAGGCAAGCGGCAGCUACUUGGACGUGCCUGCAUGUCGUCGCGCUCUAGGCAACACUGAGAAUGUGGACGAGGGUCAUGUGUGCGUGCAGCUGCCGCAGGGACAAGGCAUGUGCUACAGCGAUGCGGGUGCUCCGCUUAUCAAUGCUCAAGGUCAGCUGGUGGGCAUUGGAAACUGGGGCGUGCCCUGCGGCCGAGGCUUUCCAGACGUCUAUAGCCGCGUUGCCUUUUAUCACGACUGGAUACGCAGCACCAUUAACGGCUAUGCCUUGGGUUAAACAGCUGAAAUUAUUUGCUUUAUAGACUUUUGAUUUGUUUAUGCUGCAAUAAAUAUUGAACGAUUUGUUUUAUCUAAACUCGA